AUGUCCGAGACGAAAGAGCUGAUGCUGCAGCUGCAGAAGGACAACCGCGACGGGCGCCAGAGGAAGCAGGAGCUGGAGGAGCUGGUACGCGGGCUCGAGGCCGAAAGCGAGAGCCUUACCGGGCGCCUGCAGGACCUGCGCGAGCGCGAGCGCAGCCUGCAGCGGAGGCGAAGCCAGGCCGCGCGGGCCCUGCGCGGGGAGGCGCGCGAGGCAGCGCGGGAGCGCGCGGAGCGGGCGCGCGGACUGUUGGAGGCAGCACAGCAGCGCAAGCAGGACCUGGAGCAACGUAGUCGGCAGCUGCAGGAGCAGUGGGAAGAACUGUCAAGUCAGUUAUUUUACUAUGGAGGGGACCAACUCAGUCGGCAGCGCGCGGAGCAGCAACUCGGGACCCAAUUGCUAGCAUUGCAGAAACAACUGGAGUUGCUGGAGGCCAAGCACGCGAUGCAGGCGGAGGGCUUGCGUCAGGGCGCACAGCGGACAGAGGAGGCCUGGGCCAGUUUCCAGGAGCAGAGCGGAGUCCUGCAGGAGCUGCAGGGGAAAGUGAUGGAGGCGGCGGCUGCACUGGAUGCCUCGCGAGGCAGCGCGGAACUUUGCAACUCUCAGUCACGCCGGGUGCAAGACUGCGCGGGGUCCCUUAUGGAGGAGGUGGCCAAGGCCGAGUGUAAGAAGCGGCUAUUUUGCAGCGCGGGCGCGACGGGCAGCAGGUUGUGGGCACUGAGCGCGCUGCAGAUGCUGCUGCUGCUGCUGCCGCUCGGCUUUCUGGCGCUGGCGCUGCUCUACCUGCUGCUGGUUAACCCCGAAGCCUUCGGCCGCCUGCUUCCGCGCCUGGUGUCGGACACGGCCUUCCGCCGCCUGCGCUAUACGCUGUCCCCGCUGCUCGAGCUGCGCGCGCGCGGGUUGCUGCCCGCCUAG